AUGUCGCAGUCCGAGGCAGGCCCUUCUGUUGCCGCUACUACUGCCUCCGCCUUUGCCGACGCUAAUUCGCAAAAGCCCAAGGCUCAACAGUCCAACAAACCACAGCAACAGAACAAGGCACCCGCCGACAAUCGUUUCAAGGCGCAGCAGAACAAGGAGCGCGCUGCCCAGGGUCGAGCCCGAAAGGUAAACAGUGUCACGUUCACGGACACGGGAUCAGCAAUGCAAGAUAGUUCUGCACGUACCUCGGCCUCGUCAGAUGCUAUUGCCAAACAGCUCAAGAAGCAACCUAAACAAGAUGCACCCAAAUCUCAAGCAGCUCGCCAGGCAAAGGCACCGACGCAGUUCAAGAGCAAAGUGGUGAUUCGUCGAUUGCCGCCUAACUUGCCCGAAGACGUGUUUUGGAAAGCUGUUUCUCCUUGGAUUCGCGACAAAACUGAUUGUCAGGCACCGUCAGCCGCUGAUACACCCACCCAGACGAUCUCAGAAUCGUCUCCAGGUGAAGCAUCAACCUCCCAAUCGGCCUCAAACGUAUUACCCUCAAACAGCUUCGAUGCCACGGUUGACUACAAAAAGUUCGUCGUAGGCAAGCUCAAAACGGAUACCAACAAACAGAAUAAGCACGCUCGCGCCUACGUCCGUUUCCUCGACCCGCAAUCCCUCGUCGAAUUCCACAAAGCUUUCGACGGCCACAUCUUUCGCGACAGCAAAGGCAAAGAAUCGGUCGCCAUCGUGGAGUUUGCGCCUUACCAAAAAGUCGUGCUAGCAUCUUCCGCAAGCGGUCAACGAGGACGCAGAGCCAAACCGGACCCAAAGCAAGGCACCAUCGACAAGGAUGCCGAAUACCUGUCCUUCGUCGAGCGGCUUAGCAAGGCAGGCGACGAUGUUAAGCGCUCCGAGGGCGAAUUGCUCGCUUCGCUCCAUGAUGUCAAAGGCAGAGAGAAGGAAAAGGAGGCGAAAGAGGCAGCGGGCAAAGCGACUCCGCUGUUGCAGCACCUGCGUGCUGUCAAGAUGGCCAAGCUCGAAUCUGCGGCUGCCAUCAAGAAGGCCAAGAAGAUGGAGAAGGCUGCGGCGAAGGCUGCAGCCGGCAAGUCUGCUGUUCCUGCUCCUGCUCCUGUCAAAGGCGGAGGCGCAGCUGCUGGUGCGAGCGCAGAGCACAAGGCUAAAGCGAAGAAGAGCAGGAAGGAGAAAGCCAAGGAGAAGGCCAAGUCGGACCCUACGGAAGGGGCUGGCGUCAAGCCGGGAGAAGGUGCAUCUACGAAGAAGGAGAAGAGCAAGAAGCGUAAAGGCAAGGCAAGCGGUGACCCUGAUGGUGCUGCGGAUGGCAAGGCACAGAGCAGCGCACAGAAGGAUCCGAAGAAAGCCCCGAGCAAGAAACCCGACGCAAAGACUACAAAUGGUGCUGAUGCUGCUCAAGGGGAAGGAGCGGGCAAAGGCGGCAAGCCCAAAAGCAAACCGCCUCGACGUAAAGGUGGGCCAAAGGACAAGCAGAAGUCCUCGUCGGCUGUUGCUUCCGGUACGAACCCUGCUGCCGCGCAGCCGUCCAAGGUUCAGAUUCUGAAGCGAGAUUCCUAG